UCAUGACUGACAGCCUUAAUACUCCCGAGAAAAAAGCAGAGACACUCCGCUGGUUACAGGGAUUUCAUGCCGCAUCUGACUCGCUCGACAGCACAGAAUUUGUUCAAAACUACUUUACGGAGGACGCAGUUGUUCAGUUUGGCAACAAUCCAGUUGUGAAAGCCCAUGGACCUUUCAUUGAGAUCCAAAGCCAACGAUUGAAAGUUUUGGAAAGCAUGAGCCAUGAAGUUGUAUCGUUUGAUAUUCUACCUGACAAGAUCUAUCAGGUUGCAAGCGUUACCUACAAAGUGAAGAACGACCCAUCAGGCGAGGCUAUUGUCAUCCCAGGUCUUGCUGUUUUCUAUAAAGCUCUAGAAGACAGCAAGAUCAACAGAUUUGAAGUGUACAUCGAUAUUUCACCCGUUUUUAAAAGGGCACAAGAGAUAGCUGCCGUUGCUUCUCAAGUUUAAUGUGCCCAAAUGGUCCAUUAUGAUUAGGAAACGAAUCAAAACGAUGACUAUGAUUAGCAAUUGUCGAUAAAGAACUUGUACCGUUUGAUAUCUCAGUACGUAAUCACAUAGCCAUUCGACGAUACAACAUACUUUAGCUAUGGCGUAUAGUGACUAUUUAUCGUAUAAUAAAAAAUGUUAUUGAAGCAGUG